ACAGACCCUUAUAUUCCUAUACGUUUUUGGGGCCACGAGAUGUUUCCAUAAUAUCCUGGGAUAUCUAAUGCUAUGGGGGGCUCAAUAAUUUUUUAACCUUUCAAACCACCAGAUUUUUUGCGGACUUUCUGGAGAGACAGAAGUCUGCGAAAAAUUUGCAGACGCAGACUUUUUUACUUGGAGGGGGGACCUUUUCUUGCUGCAAACCUGAUUUUAAUGUCAAAGUGAUGACUAAUAAUUGGAAAGAAGAGGGAGAAGAUACGAAAACCUGUAACCAUGCGACCGACAUGCACAAUUGAAAAAUGUUCUUUUUGUCAGUGACCAGCGUCAAGUGUAGAUGACUUUAAAAUUCGAUAAUGAAUUCUCGAAAUAUUUAUAAAUAGUGAGUGUUUGUGAAUACGUGAACCAAGAUUUUUAAAAUAUUUUCUACUUGGAAAAAAUCUCCUACAAUUUAUUUGAUUUCAAAAAAUGGGUUCUCUAAUUCAAUUGGAACAUAUAUGUGAUGUUUUUAAAGAAGUUAUUUGCUUUAUUUCCGAUGCAAGGGAACUAGUUCCUUAUAUUUCUAAUCUAGAUAAGAAAGAUUGUGUCGAUUUACAUGUUCAUAUUGAUGCUGAUUAUAAUAAUAAAGCAGAAAAUGAGUCAUUUAAAAUAAAGAUCAAAAUAAACACAUCCUCUGAAAAAAUUGAAAAAAGAAUUAAAACAAUAUCAUGUUCAUGUUCGGAUGAAAUAUCGAAAAAAAAUCUUUGCCUGCAUGCCAUAGCUACAGUCAUAUCAAUUACAGAUUUAAGACCCAAUAAGGAUGCUGUAAACGAUGUGGAUGCUUCAGACGUUGAGGAUCUCGGCGAUGAGGAUGAUUCUGACAAUGAGGAUGCUUCAGACAAUGUGAAUGCUUCAGGCGAUGAGGAUGAUUCUGACGAUGAGGAUGAUUCUGACGAUGAGGAUGCUUCAAACAAUGUGAAUGCUUCAGGCGAUGAGGAUGAUUCUGACGAUAAGGAUGCUUCAGACAAAGUAAAGGGUGCAGAUGAUUGUUUAUCUCCAAAGAAGAAAUUAUUGAAAAGAGAAAAAUCUGAAAUUUUGAGAUGUCCUGAUAUUGUAGAGACUCUCAAGAAAUCAUUGCAGAAAGAAAAAUUCUCAGAGGAAGAAAUUGAUAGUACUCUUGAUUUAUAUUCAAAUAGAACUAUAGAGCUAUACAAAAGAACAAUUGAGGAUUGGUGGAAGUUUUGUAAAAAAGAAAAAUGUGAUUUUUAUAAUGGUUCAGCGUCUGAUAUAAUAAAGUUCUUAACGGAAAUAGGAAAGAAGAGUAAACAAAAUCUGUCCACAAUUAGAAACAGCAAGUCAGCGUUAUCAGCAAUAUUCGCCAAAACUUCACCAUUUUGGAAAUUUGUCUCAAAAGAUUUUACUGAUAAGAAUAAAGCUAAAGUUCCGUUAUAUAAGAAUGUUAAGGUGGAGAAGAAGGAAUAAAUUUAUUUCUAUUUUAUGAAAAAUAUUAUAUAUUAAUAUAUAUAUUAUAUAUUAAUAAUAUAAUAAAUAAUAUAAUAUAUAUUAUAUAUAAUAUAUAAUACACUGUAAAAAAAGGGAGUU